AUGGCGGGCGAGCGGCGGCGGCGCGGCGGGGACGGGCCGCGGGAGCGCGGGGUUCGGCGGGAGCAGCGGGAGCAGCGGCGGGGCCGCGGCCGGGGCCGCACCGCGCUGGUGGCCGCGGCCGUGGCGCUGGCGGCCGCCUUAGCGCUGGGUCUGGCGGCCGAAUGGAGCCGGUGGAGCGCGGCCGCCCGCCUCGUUACCCCGCACCCGGCUCCCCCCGCGCUGCCUCCCGGGUCCACCGGGGCCGUCGCUUCGCCUCGGCUCUUCUGGGGCACUUAUAGGCCUAAUGUGUACUUCGGGAUGAAGACGCGCAGCCCGAGGGCGCUCGUUACCGGUUUAAUGUGGCUCCAGCAACACGAAGGAGGCGGGACCCCCAGAUGA